GCCUUCCACAAUUAUAUAUAAGACUCCAGCACUCUCCUACAGGUUUACUCUCAGCAGCCAAAGAUUCCUGCCCCGGACGCUUCUGCUCAAUCAACAAUUAGCCAUGGAGCCCCUCGCCGUAAAACAGAAGACUUAUUCGUACGCCCCCACUGUGUAUGGCGGGGCAGGUGGCCGUGGAAUCUUGAUCUCUAGCGGUGUUGGCAACAGGUACAGCGGUGGGUAUGACUACUUGUCCUCAGGGUUCACGUCUGGAAUCCUGGCCAUCGAGAAUGAGAAGUUUGCCCUGCAGCAGCUGAACGACCGCCUGGCCAGCUACAUGGAGACUGUGAAAAGUCUGGAAAAGGCCAACAGCAAGCUGGAGAUCAAAAUCAGAGAGGCCGUUGGGACAAGAGGCCCACUGGAGGGGAGGGAGUACAGCAAAUAUAAUGCCAUCAUUGCAGAUCUGAGAGCAAAGAUUUUUGACAAGAUUAAGGGCAACAUGAAAAUUGCUAUCUCCCUUGACAACGCCCGGUUGGCCUCAGAUGAUUUUAGGAUCAAGAUGGAGUACGAGCUAUCCAUGCGUCAGACAGUGGAGUCUGAUGUUGCAAGACUUCGAAAGAUUCUGGAUGACACCAAUGUGAUCCGACUGCACUUGGAGAGCGACAUUGAAUCACUGAAGGAAGAAUUAAUCACCCUUAAGAAGAACCGUGAUAUUGAUGUUGCUGAAUUGCGUGCCAAGAUCACUGAGGUUGGAGUCCAUGUGGAUGUUGAUGCCCCCAAAGGGCAGGACAUAAGCAGGGUUAUGGAAGAGAUGAGGGCUAAGUAUGAGAAGAUCAUAUUGAAGAAUGCAGAGGAAGUCAAAGAAUGGCACGAGUACCAGAUGAAAGAUGUGCGGGCCAAAGUAACUGAGCAGAACACAGCCCUGAAAGGAGAAAUACAGAUAUUAUCUGAAACCAAGAGGAAAUAUCAGACAUUGGAGAUUGAAUAUCAGUCAGCACUGAGCAUGUUCGAGAACCUGAAGGCCACAAUCCAGGACAUUGAUAUGCGCUACAGCAUGGAAGUGAAAAAAUACAACGAGCUGAUUCUGAGGCUGAAGGAAGAGCUCACUCAACUCCGCGCUGACAUCGAGCAAAACAGAAGUGAAUACGAACUCCUCCUCAACAUCAAGAUCAAACUGGAAGCUGAGAUAGCCGAGUACAGGCGGUUGCUUGACGGAGGGUUAGACUUAAAACUUGAGGACACUAUCAAAAAGAAGACCGUUGAGACCAAAGUGGUAACAGUGACUCAGACUUUGGUGGACGGCAAAGUGGUAUCAGAGAGCAAGGACGUCAAGUCUGGCGUGAUUCUGGAUGACUAAAAAUUGAAAGAAUAAACAGAAAUGUAUCCAUA